AUACGGUUUAAUGUCUGUCGACGAUCCGUCAACGAACAGCAGGCACGUAGAUACCUCGCCAAGUUCUCUGACCGAUGGCCAGGCAGAACUCUUUACGCCUUUUUCGACAUUAAGCAGUUACCUGGACGAGGUUGCGUACGUGGCCGCUGGUGGUCUCAGACACGGCGACGAUGCGUAUUCGCGUAACAAAUUCAAUCAAUUGGCGAGCGAUAGCCUGCGUAGCAAUCGGCCAGUGCCCGACACCAGAAACGCAAAAUGUUUAACUAAGAAAUAUCGCAGUGAUCUGCCUCAGACAAGUGUCAUCAUCACCUUUCAUAACGAAGCCAGGUCUACUCUUUUGAGAACAGUUGUCAGCGUUUUAAAUAGAAGUCCUGAACAUUUAAUCAAAGAAAUAAUUCUAGUGGAUGAUUUCAGCGAUGACAUUACUGAUGGACAAGAAUUAUCAAAAAUACAAAAAGUGAAGCUUAUUAGAAAUGAACAAAGAGAAGGGCUAAUGAGAUCUAGAGUUCGUGGCUCAGAAAUUGCGACAGCACCCGUGCUUACAUUUUUGGACAGUCAUGUAGAGUGUAACGUGAAUUGGCUUGAACCACUUUUAGAUCGUGUAGCAGAAGACCCGACUAGGGUGGUGUGCCCAAUUAUCGACGUCAUCAAUAUGGAUAACUUCCAGUACAUAGGAGCUUCGUCAGAACUCAGAGGUGGAUUUGAUUGGAAUUUAGUGUUUAAAUGGGAGUAUUUAUCAAAAGAAGUCAGAUUGGAACGUCAAAAAGAUCCAACUUUACCAAUCAGAACACCUAUGAUUGCUGGUGGUUUAUUCGUGAUGAACAAAGAUUAUUUCGUAAAACUUGGAACAUAUGACAAGGAAAUGAACAUUUGGGGUGGUGAAAAUUUAGAAAUAUCGUUUAGGGUGUGGCAAUGUGGUGGUAGCUUAGAAAUCAUCCCUUGUUCGAGAGUGGGGCAUGUGUUCCGAAAGAGACAUCCUUAUACGUUUCCGGGUGGCAGUGGCAAUGUUUUCGCCCACAACACUCGUCGAGCAGCUGAAGUAUGGAUGGACCAGUAUAAACGAUACUAUUACAAUGCCGUGCCAUUAUCUAGAAUCGUCCCAUUUGGAAACAUAGCAGAUCGAUUGGAAUUGAAAAAAAAUCUCGGCUGUAAACCGUUUAAAUGGUAUUUGGAGAACGUUUAUCCGGAACUUAAAUUACCAGCGAAUGUAGACGAGUUCGUGGGUAGUUUUAGACAGGGUUACAUGUGCUUGGAUACAUUAGAAAACCAAGUAGGAAAAACGKCGGGCAUCUUUCCUUGUCACGAUUACGGUGGCAAUCAGGAGUGGACAUUUACAGUUGGUGGAUCGAUUAAACACGACACAAUGUGUUUAUCUCCAACAGAUUAUUCAUCCAUGAGUUUAAUUAUUAUGAAACCCUGUGACUCUACAACCGACGAAUGGAAAUACGACGAAAACACUAAACAGUUAAGGCUUAAAGCCGUUAACCUAUGUUUGGACACGCUUGGAGUACACGACAUGAUAAGUAUAAAUGUGUGCGAUAGUCUAAAUUCAAAUCAGAAAUGGAAAUACUUGGUUGCAGCAGGAAUCGAUGAUAAUAAUGUUUAAAUCCUACAAAAUGGUAAUCAAUAGACAAAAAUACAGAAUAAUAUAAUAAUAUUUGUUUAUUGAUAUCCGAAAUCAAAAACAAAAACUACUUAGAUGAGAAUCCAUAKAUCAACUUUUUAUAUUGUUUUAUUAUAUACAUUACACAGGGAAUACAUCAAAUAAAUACCUAAAAUGAUGUUUAAAAUAUUAUAAUGUAUCUACACAGCACAAUUGCUAUUAUAUAUUGUACUGUGAUACAUUUUAAAACAAACAGCUUUGAGUAGUCUUAUUAACUAUAACUAAGAUUAUUUACUUAUAGCUGUAUAAUAUAAUUAUAUAGGUACAAUUAGCAUACGUAUAUAUGUGUAUAUAGCCGAUAUUUUUAGU